AGUCCUUGCGGUUUUCUACCGGAAGUUUCCCCCUCGUUUCCGUGGUCACCACGAGAUGGUUCGCCGCUGUUUUCCUGCUGCGGCGAGUCGAGCGGCGUCGAGGCUUCCAGGGACGACCCAACAGCACAGUCACCUCCAUCUUCACACAUUCUCCUCUACGAUGAAACUGCCAGCAUUGCUGCCCUUUCUCUGUGACCGCAUCAUUUGCGUCAUACUGCUGGUGAUGGGCCUUUCUACUCCUGGACAAGCAGAAAUAAUCAGUCUGGACUCAACCAACAUUGAUGAUGUCCUAAACAACGCUGGCGUUUCCUUAGUAAACUUUUACGCAGACUGGUGCAGAUUUAGUCAGAUGCUCCAUCCCAUCUUUGAAGAGGCGUCUAACAUCAUGCGAGAAGAGUUCCCUGAGACCACGCAGGUGGUUUUUGCACGGGUCGACUGUGACCAGCACUCCGACAUAGCCCAGCGCUACCGCAUCAGCAAGUACCCCACAAUGAAGCUGUUCCGUAACGGGAUGAUGAUGAAGCGGGAGUACAGGGGUCAGAGGUCGGUGGCGGCCAUCGCUGACUUCAUCCGCCAGCAGCAGGUUGACCCCGUGAAAGAGAUCCAGUCCCUGGAGGAGCUAAACGCUGUGGAUAGGAGCAAAAGGAACAUCAUUGGUUACUUUGAGAAGAAGGACUCUGACAAAUACCGAACCUUUGAAAAAGUCUCCAACAUCCUUCGAGAUGACUGCACCUUUAUGGCUGCUUUUGGGCCCUUGUCCGAGUCUGAGCGUUUCAGCGGGGACACCAUCAUCUACAAGCCGGUGGGGGAAAGCGUCCCCAACAUGGUCUACCUCGGCUCCCUCACCAACUUUGACCUGACCUACACGUGGGCUCAGGACAAGUGCGUGCCUCUGGUCAGGGAGAUCACCUUUGAAAACGGAGAGGAACUCACGGAAGAGGGCAUCCCUUUCCUUAUCCUCUUCCAUCUCAAGGAAGACAAUGAGAGUUUACAGAAGUUCCAGCAAGAAGUAGGUCGGCAGCUCAUCACCGAGAAAGGAUCGAUCAACUUUCUCCACGCGGACUGCGACAAGUUCCGCCAUCCUCUGCUGCACAUCCAGAAGACUCCCGCUGACUGUCCCGUUAUCGCCAUAGACUCAUUCAGGCACAUGUAUGUGUUCCCGGACUAUGAAGACCUCAAUAUUCCCGGCAAGCUGAAACAGUUCGUCUUGGACCUUCACUCCGGAAAACUACACCGAGAGUUCCACCACGGGCCCGACCCCACGGACAGCACACCCGGACAGGAGGAGAUCGGGGGCGACGUGGCCAGCAGCCCCCCGCAGAGCUCCUUCCAAAAGCUGGCGCCCAGCGAGACGCGCUACACCAUCCUCAGACGGGGCCGCGACGAGCUGUGACCUCAGCCGCCUUUCUUUCCACUCAUCCUUUUUUGACUCGAUACCGCGCCUCGACGUGAGGGGUGGGGGCACACGUCCUGGGAGGGGGGGGAGGAGGUGGGCUUCGGGUCAGGACACAGGCCAGCGGGACAGAACAGCAACGCCCAACACCCUUACUGACGAGAGAAGAAGAAGAACUGGAGAAGAGAGCGCAAAGCCCAUGUUGGAAUCACCUAUAUUUUCUAAAGGCGUAAAAUUUUGAUUUGGGAUUUUGGGAAAGUAUAGGCGAGCAGGUAAAAGCAUCAAGAGAAGUGCUUUUACUUUUUUGUUUUUGUUUUUUUUGGAUCUUGUACAUAUGUUUGUGUUCCUUGGCAUUUGUUGAUCUAAAUUAAAUGUACGGUUAUUUUUCGUUAGUGGA